AUAUUGGUUCUAUUCUCUAUAUCUGUUUGUUCACUAACUAUAUAUUGAUUUGUUAUCUAGCGUAAGAUACCAUUUUCAUCAUUCAUUGCAUAAUAUAAAUGGCUUCCCGUAAGUAUUUCUCUAUUGUUAUCUAUGCUUUUAUACUUGGAGCUUUUGCAAAUACGGCAUUCUCAUCAUUGUCUCGUGAUUACUAUGACUACUCGUGCCCUAAUGCUUUGAGCACCAUUAGAAGUGUUGUGGAGGCUGCGGUGCAGAAAGAGCGCCGUAUGGCCGCAUCCUUGCUACGCACACACUUCCGUGAUUGUUUUGUUAAUGGUUGUGAUGGUUCAAUUCUACUAGACCCUUCACCAACAAUUGACAGCGAAAAGAGUGCAGUUCCUGAUUUUCAAUCCGACAAAGCAUUUAAAUUGGUGGAUGAGAUCAAAGAGGCUGUGGACCAAGCAUGUGGAAAACCAGUUGUUUCUUGCGCUGACAUAUUGACUGUUGCCGCUCGUGACUCUGUCGUUGCGCUAGGGGGACCAACAUGGGAGGUGAGACUGGGGAGAAGAGACUCCACCAUAGCAAGCCGUGAUGCAGCAAAUGCAAACAUUCCAUCACCAUUUUUCAGCCUUUCUGAGCUCAUAAGCAACUUCAAGAGCCAUGGACUAAACGAGAAGGACCUUGUUGCUCUUUCUGGAGGCCACACAAUUGGAAAUGCACGUUGUGCAACCUUUAGGGACCACAUCUACAAUGACUCUAAUAUCAAUCCACAUUUUGCAAAAGAGCUCAAAUACAUUUGUCCUAGAGAAGGAGGUGACUCCAACAUUGCUCCUUUGGACCGCACAGCAGCGCAAUUUGAUUCAGCCUAUUUUCGUGACUUGGUUCACAAGAAAGGGCUUCUUCGCUCCGAUCAGGAACUGUUCAAUGGUGGUUCUACUGAUGCAUUGGUAAAAAAAUAUAGCCAAAAUACCAAGGUUUUCCGCCAGGACUUCGCAAAAUCUAUGAUUAAGAUGGGAAACAUAAAGCCUCUUACCGGGAAUAGAGGUGAAAUUCGUUUGAACUGCAGGAGAGUGAACUAAUUCAUUACAAAAGUGUAGCAUUUAAUAAGUAUGUGAUGUAGGUUAAUAUGUAGGGCACUAGUAAGUAUGGAACAUUAUUAUUUUGCACGAGUUUAAUUUAAAAUUAUUAUAUUGUAAGUGUUUUGUGUUUACAUGUAUCCUUCAAGAUACAAGAUUUGUUUGUUUGUUUUGAUUAAAAAGAACUAUUCGGAUGAUAUUUUUUUUU